AAAUAGUGCGUGCUUAUCUCUCUAUAAUUUGAGUAUAUGUAAUCAAAUUGUUGUUUCCUUUUUGUUUCACUUGUUGUUUCUUUUGUUUCACACUAGUUAGCUAGUUUAGCUUCUCUCCCUCUCCUCUCUCUCCCUCUCUCUAUAAAGUUAAGAACCCCACAACACAAAAAAGCUAAAAAGGGGAACUGAGCUACUUAACUGAAACUCUUCAUAUAUACUACCCUGCAUUUUAGGCGGAUAAACCGCUGGUUUUUUUCACAGAUCCAAUGUCUUGAGGUUGUUUUGGUGGCGGCAAUAUGGUUGUGUAAAGGUCACCGGUUCAAGCCGUGGAAACAACCUCUUGUAGAAAUGCAGGCAGAGAAAUAAGAAUUCAAAUGGAGGAAGAAUUCGAGUUCAGGCAGUGGGACGAAUUGUUACCCGAUGCGCUCGGGCUAAUAUUUAGAAACCUUUCACUUCAAGAGUUGUUAACUGUAGUUCCAAGGGUUUGCAAGUCAUGGGAAAAAGCAGUAAAGGGGCCUUAUUGUUGGCAAGAGAUUGACAUUGAGGAAUGGAGCAAAAAUCGCUGCCCUGAAAACCUUGAUCGGAUGCUUCGCUUGCUUAUUCCAAGAAGCUGCGGUUCCCUCCGCAAACUCUGUGUCUCUGGUCUCUCGGACAAAUCGAGCUUCGAAUUCAUUGCGAACAAUGCCAAAUCUUUGCAGACAUUGCGGUUGCCAAAGUGUGAAUUAAGCGAUUCCGUAGUGGAACAGGUUGCAGGAACAUUUUCCAACAUUACGUUUUUGGAUGUAAGCUACUGCAUAAAAAUAGGGGCGAGAGCCCUGGAAGCCAUAGGGAAGCACUGUAAAUGCCUGACUGGUUUGCGUCGAACAAUGCAUCCACUCGAGGUUAUUGACAAGCUCUCGCAAGAUGAUGAAGCCCUUGCAAUAGCUACGACAAUGCCUAAGCUCAAACAACUGGAAAUUGCUUACAUGCUGGUUGAUACAUUGAGUGUAUCGGAGGUUCUUCAAAACUGUAAGCAGCUCGAGCUGUUGGACGUAAGGGGUUGUUGGAAUGUGAAUCUUGAUGAGAACUUUGUCAAGAAAUUCCACAAGCUAAAGGUUGUUGGACCCCUUGUCGUGGAUUACUAUGAUAAGAAUGGCUGGGAUAAUUGCUCGGAUUAUUCAGGUUCUUCUGGCUAUAUACCGUGGGACUUCGUGGCAGGCGACAUUGACGAUGACUUUGACGAUGAUGAGGUGUCCGAUGGGUACUGGGAAGACGAGGAACGUUUGGAGGAUGUGGAAAUGUGGUUUUACGAUGACUUAAAUGCUGUGGAUGCUGGAUACGAUUGGCCCCAAUCUCCUUGAGGUUUGAUGAACAAAGUUCUGCUGAUUCAAUUUCCAGAAGUUUUCAUAUAUACUACUUUCUUCUAUCUGCUAAUGACUCAGCUUAUACGCUACUAUCUAAAUGAAAGUUUGCUUGCUUUCUAAGAUGUAAAUGUGAUUUCUGUGUCCUUUUCUCGUCGAAUUAUAUGUACUUCCUGGAAUCAUAUAAUAAAAAGUUGUCAUUGUAUCAA